AUGAAAGUGCCUGCAAAGCUUAAGUCCUACCGUGCCCAGGGAGAUCGCACCCAGCAGGAACUGAUCCGCAAACGUCGACACAACUUGUUCAAACGAUUAAAAGAAUUCAAUGAUCGCUAUGAGAUAGAGAUUUGGUUGACUAUGCGGAUGCCAAGUGGCCGAAUUUAUAUUUUUGCGACGGAUCCUAACGAACCUGUACCAUCAGAAGAGCAGAUUAGAGAGCAAAAUGUUCCAGUCAUUCAUAAAACACCGGCAGACUAUGAUCCCAAAAACAAUAAUUCGCAAGGCUUCCAAGACCCUCCCGCUCUCCCAUUUAUCAAUCUACCAUUUUGUUUGUCCAAUAAUCAUCGUCAUGUGCCCGAAUGGGGUAAAGAUGCAGCUCUGGAUCAGAUCUGUGCUGUGAGUGGCAGCCAAGCUACUGGAACGGUCAAUCAUAAUGACCCUGAGAAGUAG